CAAAGUCUAGCUUAAAAAUUGACGAAAGAGAGUCGUGUACAACCACAGAUUGUGUAUGGCCAAUCAGGAAAAGAAAUCAUCCAUCAUUUGGCAGUCUCUCGUCCGACGAAGCUCAGCACAAACAUGAUAUUGAGUAGGCAGCUUCUUCAUCCUCUUGUUCCAUGUGUCCUCUAUGAGAUAUAAAAAUAUGAGAAGAGAACAGGAGAUGUCAGGGCAGGAAUGCUGAACUGUUGAAUUUUUCUCCUCUGUGUGUUUAUUGAGCUUGAAAGUUCUUAUUCAGUGUCGGGAACUUAUGUUUGGUCUUGUCAUCAGUCAUACCUACAAACACUAUUCCCCUUUCUAAAUUUGUCGGGAAUUCUUUGUUUAAAAUAGCAAAUAACGACUGUGGAAUUAAGGGUGGAUGGUGUGUCAGAUGAAGGAUGAUGAAGGGAGCUGAGUUGACAUUUAUGACACAAGUCAUAAGUGUUGCCAGUCAAAGUGUUAUCUAGAAGACACUGCUGGAGUUAUGGCAACCAAUAGCUCUCUGAGAACUGCCGACGGGAGAGAGUGGGCAGACGAAAAUCUCAAGGGGGUUGUAAAAUCUGAGGUCAUUCAUGCCGAUAAUGUGAUCUUGUCAGACUGUAGGGCAAGUGAUGGUGAAAAUGUUAGGGACCAAGGUUUGAAUGUGAGUCACAAGGAACCAGAGGGCCGUGUGAUGCGAGGUAGGAGAAAAGCUCAAAAAAUGGAUGUUGUGUCGAAUGAUGAACAGCAGCCGAUGAGGACUGGAGCGAGGAAGUCUCUUCAGGUUGGCGGGGAUAGCGCUGUGGAAGAAAGCGAUGAAAAGGAUGGAAAUAAAAGCUCAAAGGGAAGGAGGAAGAGGAAGGACGUCAGAAAAGUGCCUGCUGUUAGAAAGUCUUCAUCUGGCACACAGAAGCUGAAACAAGUGCAACAAAAAAUUAUCGAAGAAACAGAUGAGAAACCCGACAAGCAAGAGGUCAAGUCAGAUGGAGACCAUGUUUGCUCUAUUUGCAGUCGAAAAUUUCGAAGUAAAAAUUUGUUGAACAGGCACCUGAGAACAUCUACUCAUACUUAUGAUAAAAGUGGAAAGAAAGAGCAUCGUUGUGAGAUCUGCGAUAAAACGUUUCGCUAUCCAUCCCUUCUGGCGCUGCAUCGUGUUCAACACGAGGAGAAGAAACCUCACCAGUGUGAGCUCUGUGACAAGUCAUUUGCCCGAGACACGUAUCUACGCAUGCACAUGCUCUCUCACACUGGUGAGCGUCUGUACAAAUGCACCGAAUGUGACAAGACCUUCAACGACUCCACGCGAUUUAAAGAUCACAAACGUAUGCACACGGGGGAGCGUGCUUACAAGUGUGAUUUGUGUGGGGAGGAGUUUUUCUUCAAGCAGAAUCUGAAGUAUCACAGACUGUCGCACACAGGUGAACGGGCGUUCAAGUGUGAUUUUGCCGGUUGUACUAGCAAGUUUAAAACGAAAGAUGACUUGAAGAAACAUCAGCGGACACACUCAACGGACAGACCAUGGAGGUGUGACAAGUGUGGAAAGGCUUAUUCGGAGAAACGUUACCUCCUGAGGCAUAUGAGAAAACAUACGGGUGAGCGUCCGUACAAGUGUGAGAUCUGUGGUGCGGCGUAUGCUCUCCGGAACGGUCUGCUCACCCAUCGGAUGACUCACUCGGAGGAGCGCCCAUUCCAGUGCAGUUUUUGCAGCAAACAAUUCAAGUACAAGAACUGUCUGAAUGCUCAUCUUGAGACGCAUACGUCGGCCAGGCCUCAUAAGUGUGAGACGUGUGGUGUCACUUACAAAAGCCGGACAGCAUUGCUUCAUCACCGUAGAAAUCACACGGGGAAGCAGUUGUACAGAUGUAACAUUUGUGACCAGGGCAUCAACACCAAAGAUAACUACCUCUCCCACAUGGCCAAACACACUGGCGAGAAACCUUUCACGUGUGAAACAUGCGGUAAGACAUUUCGAUCGGUUCGCUCUUUCCGAGAGCACCGCGUCGUGCACUCUGCAGGAAAACAGCACGUUUGUGAUGUGUGCGGUAAGCAGUAUGUGUUCCUGUGUCAGCUCAAGAAGCACAAGCUGAUCCACAGAGAAGAGCGGCCGUUCGCCUGCCACUGUGGGAAGGCAUUCAAGACAAAGAGCAACCUUGUCUGCCAUGAGAAGAGGCAGCAUCGGGGGAGCUCAAUGUUCACCUGCAGUCAGUGUGGCCAGAACUUUGCGCAACAGGAGGCCUUGACCUUGCAUGUUGCCAGCCACGGAGACCUGCCAAAUCACACGUGUGACAUUUGCUGCGCUGCAUUUAUGAGCGCCGAGUCUCUGCGCCGACAUCGGAACAAACAUCGUAAGGUGGUGCCCUGCUUGGACAGCAUACCCCAGGUUGACUUGACCCAGCAGCAACAAAAUCAGCAGCCCGAAAUGUAUCAGCCUCAGCAGCACUCUCAUCAACAGCAGCAGCAGCAACAUGCAUAUCAGCAGGUCUGUCAGCUACAUCACACGCAGCUUCAUCAUGAUAAUUACUCGCAGCCUCAACAGCAUCUCUGUACCAACUCUGGAGUGAGUUCAUUUCCUUCCACUAGCUCAGACGUAAAUCUUGUGGAGAAACCCCCAAUGAUUUCCUCGUCAGCUGUUGUGUCGGAGCUACCGUCCAAUGCUACUUUUCCCAGGGAUAUUACAGUACCUCAGUAUUCAUCGACAGCCAAGUCUUCUAUACUGAACGGCCCCCUUCAUCUUCCUCACACCUCUGUCCCCAUGAACUCCACAUCGUCAGAGACUGAGGCAAAUGGAAGUCUUGUCGCAACGUUGAACAAUUCUUUCGCGUCUGAAGCCACCCAGCUUCCUCGUACGUCCCUCUUACCUUGUGAUUCCAUCUCGAGACCGGCCCAAACUCCUGGCGUGACGCAGUUGUCGGUUUCCUCACAAGAGUCAUUGAGUGUUCAAGACGGCCAUCUACCCGCUGCCCAACUCUUGGUUCCCCCUGUGUCUCUUCCUACCACGAUGGAUUAUGACGAUUCUGGUUUUUUGCUCCGACCAGGCAGUUCAGAGUCUGCACCCAGUUCACAUUCUUGUGCCAUUUUUCCCAGAUCUGCAGCCAAAAACUCCCAUCUCAAUGAAGCUCCUGUCAGCCAGACAUCUGCAGUAGCAGCAGCUCCUUCGCCAAGCACCCCACUGCCUUCUUUUGCUUCUCACUUUGUGGUAGGGGCAGGUUUGGAGCACAAAGCGUCUGGCUCAUCCUCCAACCAAGGUGUGAGCUGGAACAUGAAGCAGAAUGUUUGUAGUACUACAGCAAGGGUCAGUAAUUGCGGUACACCGAUGAACCAGUGUCGUGACAUGUUGGAGGGAAACAACGGUAUGACCGACCUGAAAGGAAAUCAAGAAGCAUUGUUUGAGACCAGUCAGGGCUUGGAUACGGAGCAACAGCAGGGUAGGACUCUCCAGGUGUCAGGUCUAGCUUCCUCUGCUGGACAGCAAAGUGGGACAUUUCAGGAGACAAAACAAGUCUCAAAUGUAGUACUGAACCAGGACUGUGAUAGAGUGCAAUACCAAGACUCAAAUACAGCUGUGAACGAUGUUUUAAAUGUUGUACAGAACCAUGGGCACACAACUCUGAAUCAAAAACAGAACUCUACUACAAGUAAGAUUGGCAGGUCUCCUCCUGUUCCGGUCCACAGAGUGUCUUUAGAUCAAGGUCACAGCUCCCAUACGGAGCCCUGUGUUACUUCUCAUCCUAAUACUGACGUCAGCCACAGUAAGGAUGGCACAGAAGCAAACCUGGUUUUCAUAAAUCUUGACAACUCGUCUCAAAAUCUGUGUAGGUCCAACGGUGACAAGAUGGGAGGUGGAGACAUUCCUCGGGUGUCAGAGAGACAACAGCCAGUACAAGCCUGUGGGGAGGACCACGUUGACAUCGCUGUGUCCCAGCCCCCCGCCGGCUCACACAGUGCUUCUAGCUCUGACACAGGCCUUCAUAUAUUGCCUGAAACAGCUUAUUAUGUCAACAGUACAGAGUUCCCUGGUGCCACCCAUACACCACUCAAUCAAUACCCUGCUGAGUACAUGACUCCCUCUGGUCAGCCCCAGAACGAACCAAUCGUGCUGCAAGUUGGAAGUAAGUCACAUGGACUUGGUGUAUCCAAUUAUGAAGGAGAUACGAUUGUGCGGAAAGACACGUAUAUUGACAAAAGUAUAUUCAGACCAAAUGAGAGCGGCCAAGUUAUCAAUGUGACUGAAAAUGAAAAGACAUUCCUGCUGCUCUCAGAGAGGGAAAAACAAUUAACCACCACAGAUGAGAAUGUAACAGAUAGGAGUGGUGACAGUUUGAAAGAUGUAAGCAAUUCCGUGAUGAUAACAGACAGUGUGAGGAAUGUAGCUUGCAGUCCUGCGACAGUGGAUGACAAAAGCUCCAAUAUGAACCCCACUGAAGUCUCACUGAUGAGCCGCACAACUGUGCCUGUCGAUUCUUCCAGUGACGACACAAUGGUUCUUUGUCUGGAUGACCCUGCGUCCUCACUCGGUGCUUCAGAGACUUCAGCAGAGAGAGCUGCCACCGUCUUGGUCCAGUUGGCAGAGUCGACUCUGAGACGGAAAUAUAAGUGCCGAUUCUGUGACCGCGGCUUCAACAAACAGAUGUACCUCAACGACCAUGAGAGACAGCACCUACUGGGAGCGUCGCACAGCUGUGAUGUUUGUGGAGAGGCUUUCUACAGUCUCUCAGAUCUCAAUUUCCACAUGCAGGAGCACAACGAACAAGAGGAUGAAAUGGACGAUGAACUAGAAGAACUGAACGCCGAACCAGCGUCAGUGACGUCGGGGAAGGGAGGGAGGAAAGGUGGGCAGAAAGACGGUGAUUCUCGCCCAAGGCCUUUUAAAUGUGGAGUUUGCGGUAAAGCGUACUUUGAGAGAACCAACCUACGACGUCACAAAAGGACACACACGGGAGAAAAACCGUACAAGUGUGACGUAUGUGGGUGUGCUUUUGCCCUGAGGAACUCCCUCAAAGCUCAUUUGCUCACACACACUGAGGAGAGGCCGUUCCAGUGCGGUAUUUGCGGCAAAACAUUCAAGUCUGAGUGGUGUUUGAAGAAUCACUUUAAGACCCACACCUCAGAACGCCCCUACAAGUGCGAGAUCUGUGGGAUGACCUUCAAGUACAGCACGGGACUGAACCAACACAGAGCCACCCACGGGGAAGAGAUGUUGUUUAUGUGCAGCGUGUGUGGCGAGGGAUUUAACGUGCAGUAUAAACUCACAUCACACAUGAUAAUACACUCGGGAGAGCGACCUCACAAAUGCGAGACGUGCGGGAAAGCGUUCAAGACCAAAGGCAGUCUCAACUUGCAUCGGAAACUUCACACGGGUGAGAAACCUCACAAGUGUGAUAUAUGUGGCUACGCGUCUCCUUUUAUUGGACGACUGAAUGCGCAUAAAGCCACUCAUGCUACCGGGCGACAGUGGUCGUGUUUUUGCGGCAAAUCGUUCAAGAACAAAAAGACUCUUGUGAUGCACCAGCACCGACAGCAUCCUGGGCAAAUGCAGUUCAAGUGCGAGGCGUGUGGGGAUCGGUUCGCCUCGGUGGAGGACCUGUCAAUACACACAGCCCAACACACCAAUGAGGUGGCACAUCGCUGUCAAGUGUGUGACGCUCCAUUCAAGACCCUUCAGCUCCUCCACCGACAUCAGAAAGGUCAUAGGCCAACCAAUUUGUAUAAAAGCGCUUCUGUGAAGUGAAAGUUU